CAACAAGUACAGUAGUACUCUUUUCUAUAGCAUUGUUGACCUCUGACUCUGCUCUUUUCAUAAUGAUUCUGGAUAGUAACCACCCCAGGCGUUGACUCCCGCGAUAUCAGAGGAUCAACCAAAACGGACUGGUUUCACUAAGAACAGUUCCCAACAGCACGGAUGAAGCCAGCAGAUCUCAAUAUACUUAGCACAUCGAGGCGAAUGACAGAGAACAUGACAGGGGACAACGGCGGCAAUGUUGAUAAGUCUACCUCCAGCGUUGGCAGCAUCAAAGGUCGGGUCAACCACGACUUCCGAUACCCAAAGGAACUUGGCUGGGACGUUCCUGAGCGUGUGACUCCGUGCAUCAAGCUGUCGUUCUUUUUCCGUAAGCUCGAUACUGUGUCAUGGGAAGAUUUCUACAGGCACUGUGCCCACGUGCAUGCCGACUUGACCGUCGCGCUCGAGUGCUUCAAGGCGUUGCAGGUGCAGCGAUACGUCCAGUCGUACCAGAAACCUGAGUUCAAGCAGAAACUUCAGUCUCUCGGCUUCCCCGCAGCAGAUUUUGACGCCUACACGAGCGUCUGGUUCCGGUCCUGGGACGAUGUGGCAGCUUUCUUUUCAGCUGACGAGCAAAAGCCUGUCGGCGAGGACGGCGCGCGGUUCAUGAACUCAGAGACUUUGAAGGUCAUGGCUACCGAGGAUGUGUUGAUAUUUGGAAGAGGUGUGCCUGAUCUUGAUGGAGGCGAUGGUAUCACUUAUAGGACCAGCUCAAAGUUGUGAUGACUGAAUGCCAGAGUGGAAGAGAAGAGUUAAUCGUGGAAUGAAUUUUAACUGAAUGCCUCGUCAUCUGUAAUGACUAUAAUCCUUGUAAGCCUCCUCCUUAGCAGUACGGCGAACGUAAUUCGAGAUAGAGG